UUAAAUUAAUUCGAGAGUUUAAAAGCUCAUCGUCUUCAUCGCUGAUUGAUAUCUUUGCUGUUUUUCUCGAUCGAUCUCUUGGAAAUUUCUAAUGUCGACGCCCGGAGAAUACUACAACUCUCUGCCACCGGUGAGCAAGGCCUACGGGACCUUGUGUUUGCUAACGACAACAGCAUUUCAUCUUGGCCUACUUGAUGUCUCGUUUAUUGCAUUGUACUAUCCCUGGGUAUUUUAUCGUUUUCAGGUGUGGAGGUUGUUUACCAACUUUUUCUUCCUUGGUAAAUUUUCAAUCAACUUUGGAAUUCGGCUUCUCAUGAUAGCAAGAUAUGGGGUACAAUUAGAGAGGAGUGCAUUUGACAAACGCACAGCUGAUUAUUUGUGGAUGAUGAUAUUCGGUGCUCUGUCUUUGCUGGUAUUAUCUGCCAUCCCAUUACUGCAAUCAAACUUCUUAGGCAUUUCAUUAGUCUUCAUGCUUUUAUAUCUUUGGAGUAGAGAGCUUCCUACAGCCCAGAUCAACAUAUAUGGUCUUGUCACAUUGAAGGCUUUUUAUCUGCCUUGGGCUAUGCUUGCACUGGAUGUUAUCUUCGGUUCACCAAUUAUGCCUGACCUCAUGGGAAUUAUUGCUGGACAUCUGUAUUACUUCUUAACCGUUUUGUACCCACUCUCCACAGGCAGAAACAUUUUGAAGACUCCUGUCUGGGUACACAGACUUGUAGCGCGGUGGCAAGUGGGUGGUCCACAAGUAAACUCACCUGCACAACCCGGCAACUCAUCUUCCAGUGGGACCUUCCGAGGCAGGAGCUACAGGCUUAAUCGAUGAAGAAAAGAUCGUUCGUCUGUGUUGAAGAGUCUGAUAAACAACAAAAAAACAUUUGAUAGAUACUUUCUGACUUGCAGUUAGUGAAAAUGUUUGCUUAGAUGGAUUAUGAUUCAACAUGUUAUUCCAGGCAAGAAUUUUACAUACAAAGAUUUGACUGCUUGAGCUGAUUGAAAUCAACAGCACUGUUUCUCUUGCU